GGUGGCAUGUCAGUGAAAUCUUUGGAUAGCUGUAUGUGCGUAUAACAGCAGCAGCCCCUAGCUAGCGAAUCCAUGUGUCACACCCCAUCCCACAUGAUAUGUGAUUGAUAUUCUUCCCUUUGCAAUUACCAAUAGCUUUUCAAGAUAAAUCUUCCCCUCGUUGACAGCUCUCUCCUUCACACUAACUCUCAUUUAAUCCUGUCGUGACCUAGGCCGCCAUGCCUCCUUUCGCUUCCGCCAGAGGCACGGAUGCGUAUAAGGGUCCCGUCGGGCCCCUCCGCCAUCGCUGCCCAUUAUGCUCACGCCCAACAGACAGCUCCCAGCUCCUCCGAUGCAGUGCGUGUCGUGGGGUUCGGUAUUGCAGCCGCGAGCACCAGGCCGCUCACAGACCGGUGCACAAAUCCAUCUGCAACAAGGUCAAGAAUGCCCGCGCCAAGCUCGCCCGGGAAGAACACGAGGUCCGCAAUGCUACGCCGGACUUCAUGACUCCUGCCAACGCCUUUGAGACGAGCGUCGGCCACUUCUGGGGCAUUCUCAGCACGCGUGACUACAUGAGAGCUAGGUACGCGCUGGUGAGUCAACUGAUUUUACUUGGCACGCUAGACGGCGUCGACGAAAGCCGAGAGCAUCUGCAGGAUAUGCUAAGGCUUUGUCGGAGCGACAACAUGGGGCUACGCUCGGUCUUGCCGGCUAUCCUGCUGCGAUUGGAUCUCGACCAGGAGUGCUACGACUUCAUAAAGUGGUGGGAGACAUACCCGGACGAACACUACGAUUGGGGCGACACCAGCCUGCCCUAUCUCGACCUCCGCGGGGCCGACGUCCUUGAAGAUCCCACAUGGAUCACCGGGCACAAGUUCGUUGGAGACUUGAACUAUCUAGUCGGUCUUCUGAUCUUGAAGCUGAAAAUCCUCGUUGACGUGCGCAACCUCAAAGUCACGCGCAGUGUCCUGUCGCAAAAAAAGAACCUCCCCACCGAGCUCCGUGAUCAGAUUGAGCGGAAUGUGAUCCGGAGCCCCCUGUCCAUCGAACUGCAGAAGCAGUCCCACGAAUCCUUCAUCCAGUCCGCGAAGAAGCUCUCGGACCACAUCCGCGAAAUCGGCGUAGCUAUCAUGAACGCCAACGAUAGCUUGAUGUUCCUCCUCUUCGAGCCGGACGAGGCCCUUACCGCCCAGCCCGAGGCGUAUUCCCACGGCUCCUGGCAGGAAGCAGCGCUCGCGAUACGGAACUCGUACGCCGCGUUGUGGGAGACGGAAGGCGUCAUCGACCUGCUGAACGCCGGACGCGCGUGUGCGGCGCAAGAUUCGGCGUCCGAGAUCAGCGAGUGGAUGGAGGACGAGAAAGUGCGGCGGGGACGCACUGCGGCGGAGAUGCUGUCCGACGUGACCAUAAAUCGCGUCUGGGGAUACUUCAAAUUCGCAUUCAUGGAUUCCACGUGGCUGGGCCCCGGGUCCGGGCGGCAUUGCGCGGGCACGGUUGAGAAGCCCAGAGAUGCCUAGGAGACGGCGAUAGUAGACGGGGAGCUACUAAUCAACGCCAUUCUUGAUAAAAUUCGGGACGAACCGUUUAGUGAUGAUGAUGAUCUCAUCUUCUAGAAGGCAUUAUCUAGCAGGAAAUAUGUCACUCGGGCGGAGAACAUCAUAAUUGUUAGACCUUACAUGUUCUAACGGCGACGUUUUGCGAAGCGAGAGAAAAUAUAAACGUAAAGUUUGGGGUUUUAGGUAUUACUAAUCUCAUAGAUCUCAUCCAUUCGAAAAGAUACAUACUAUAGCCACAUUCCAAGCACUACGAAUGAAAACUCACAGAAUCGCUCUAUCUAACCUCAUAAUCUACAUUGGCAUAUUCACCGAUUAAGUAACUCGUGAUAGAUCAAAU